UUGACGUACGUGGGCGGGACCGUAGCCUGCUCACGUGAUCACUGUCGGUUUGGGUUGUGAGGAAGAGCGGCUGGCGGGCGCAAUGGAUUUCCUACUGGGUAACCCGUUCGGUACUCCGGUGGGUCAGCGGAUCGAGAAAGCCACAGAUGGGUCCCUGCGCUCUGAGGAUUGGGCCCUCAAUAUGGAGAUCUGCGACAUUAUCAAUGAGACGGAGGAAGGCCCCAAAGAUGCCAUGAGAGCACUGAAGAAAAGGAUUGUGGGUAAUAAGAACUUUCAAGAGGUGAUACUGACUUUAACGGUUUUGGAGACCUGUGUGAAGAAUUGUGGCCACAGAUUCCAUGUUCUGGUUGCCAACCAGGAGUUUGUGGAGGGGGUGCUGGUGCGGACUAUCUUGCCAAAGAACAACGCCCCAACCAUUGUGCACGACAAGGUGCUGAAUAUUAUCCAGGCAUGGGCUGACGCGUUUCGCAGCUCUCCAGACCUGACCGGUGUGGUGUCUGUCUACGAGGAUUUGAGGAGGAAAGGACUGGAGUUCCCUAUGACUGACCUGGACACGCUGUCCCCUAUACACACACCCCAAGCGAGUUUCUCCAGACCAGAGCUGGCCCCCCCACAGCGCUGUUUGCCAGCGGACAUCCAACAGCACGCAGAGUCAGUGAGGAGCCCUGCCCCUUACCCACCUGCACCUGCAGAUGGCGCUAUCAUCCCCACACCUGAACAGGUGGCAAAGCUGCGCAGCGAGUUGGAGGUGGUCAACGGAAACGUCAAGGUUAUGUCAGAAAUGCUAACAGAGUUGGUGCCACAGAAAGCCAAGCAGUCCGACGUGGAACUGUUACAGGAGCUGAACCGGACGUGUCGCUCUAUGCAGCAGCGAGUCCUGGAGCUCGUUCCCAGGGUGACGCACGAGCAGCUAAUAGAAGAGCUCCUUAUCGUUAAUGACAACUUGAACAACGUGUUCCUGCGGCACGACAGGUUUGAGAGAAUGAUGAUGGCCGGUCAGGCUGGAGUGGCAGCAGAAACUCAGGCUUCAUCACUAAUAGACCUCCAAGCUCCCUCGGCCAGUGUCCAACCAGCGGCAACAAACCUCUCCGCUCAGCUAGCCGGACUGAACGUGAUCUCAGGGUCAGUGACUGGGACGCUGCAGUCUCUUGACGUAAACAAACAAGAUGAUGGAUUUGACAUGUUUGCGCUCACCAGGGGAAGCUCACUGGCCGACCAGCGCAAGAGUGUGAAAUAUGAAGACCCACAAGCCACAGAUGGACUUGCUGUUGCCCUGGACACUCGGCAGCAGAACACAGGAGCGGUGAGUACUGGGGGUUCUAAACUAUUCCCUCUUCCUUUUUGGUGUCUGCACUUCCCAGCUCAUUGUAAAGUUAGGAUACUAAUCAUUUUCCUAUCUUCCCCACAGAUCCCAGCAACACAGGCCAACAUAAUGGAUGACAUAGAGAAAUGGCUCUCUGCUGACACAGGCGAAGAGGUGGAAGGGGAGGAUGGCGUUACGAGUGAAGAGUUUGAUAAGUUUCUGGAAGAGAGAGCGAAAGCCGGCGAUCGGAUCCAUUCUCUUCCCUCCCCACAGACGGAGCCCCUCAUGGCCGCGCCCAGUACAGGACGUGACAAAAAAGAGAAAGAGGAAGAUGCACUCUUUGCCUUAUGAGUUGAGAACCCUUUGGUGGGUUUUUUGGAAGAGUUGGUACUUUGGCAAACAUCUCAAUUCAUUCACACACAUGGCUUGCUGCUCAUAGCUGGAAUUUGACGGUUGAGAAUUCCUCGUCAUAAAUAAUGUUCCUCUGCGGUACAAGAGUCUACAGACAUUGGAAUCCCAGUUAUUCUAUAAUAUUUAGUGUUGUGGAAGUUGCCUUACUGCAGAUUGAUGCAAACUGAAGCCUCCAUAUGUUGCUAGUAGUGCUGAGCAACCUUUCCUUUUUGUGAUCACAUUUUUUUUAAUUCAAUUAUGGAUGGCCUGACUUUUUUUUUUUUUUACCAAACAAGACUCCAGGCUUGGAGCAAUUCCCUUGAAUUACAAGCCACUACUUGUUCAAAGAUGCCACUUUGAACAUUGAAUGUAUCAAUUCAUCACUAUGCUAGUAUCCCACUACUGACACCAAAAGACUACUUUUGAUUUUGAAAAUAACCCAAUAUUACUGUAAUCUUGUCAUUACUAGGAGAGCUAUUCUCUAUUUAAUUAUUAAAAGACUAACAGGCAGUGGGAAGUGGUUUCUUUUAUUUACUUUGGCAAAUUCUUAUAUUUUUAAAGACUAUAAUGCCAGUUGUGCCUUAUUGAUAUUUUUACUAUCAAAAUUAAGUCUGACAACAACAAGACCUUAAAUAGAUAAUGUACAAAGGUGUUUAUCUUCCUACUUCAGAAAAACGUUUUUCUCCACAGAAACCCAAGCUGCACCCUACAUUUUUUUAAGCCUUGUCAGCAAUAGGGUCAGCUCUUCGCCCUUGACAAAUUUCCUUUUUUUGUAGAAAUUAGAGCUUUACUGAAAGGAAUAGAAGUGCUAUCAACAUAUGUUUUCUAAUGAAGUGAAAUUUGGGUUUCAUAUUUCUUUUUCUUUUUUUUUUUUUUUUUUAUGGACAUAAUGUAUUAAUAAAAAAACGCCUCACAUUCCAGAGUCUAGAAGGUACUGGUGCCAUUAAAAAGAAAAUGCAUGUGCAGUUUGUGCGUUAAUAUAAAUGUAUAUUAGCAGAGAUCUGUGCUGGCAGCUGAAGCCUAGAGCAGUACAGCCAAUCAAAGACUAAAUUGCUGAGCCAUUUUUAACAAUAAAGACACACUCCUCCUUUUAGUUUUAAAUGACUCAAGCAAUUCAGUCUCCAGCCGGCUUUAUUUCUUCAGCCUCUAGCAGUGCAGAGGAUUUUAUUAAUGUUGGAAUUAUGCACAGCUCAUGCAUGUUUUUUAAUUAGUAGCAGUAGCUCAUAGUCACUGAACUGGAAAUAGUUAUUCAACUUUAUGCAUGAAAUCCCCGUCAUGCUGUACUGUUAUCUUUAUUUUCUUCACAUUCAGAUUCUUCUUGUUCUUUAACUGUGUUGUAUUUUUUAUUUAGUUUUACUUUACUCAAUACUAAUCUCCCCUUUUUAGUGUCGCUCUCUCAUCCGUACACUACAUCCUGAGAGGCACAUAUGAUUCGCCAGCACUCGUUUUCACACCAGCCUCACUAAUAUAGGUUUUGCAGAUUUGUGAAGAAAGUUUCAUUUAUUCAGGCAAUGUCUCCCUGAUUUGAAGGGACUUUCUCACUAUUUUAUGUAUUAUGAGUAGGUUUUUUUUUGGGGGGGGGGGGCGGGCAGUCUGGCUAAUUUGGGGAGCAGUCCUGUUGAUUUCAGGAGAAUUUUGAUUAUUUGGGAGCAGUGUAGUCUUGUUUAUUUCAAGACAGUUUUGCUGACUUGAGAGCAGUCUGGUUUAUUUCAGGACAGUUUUGCUGAUUUAUGCGGGAGUGGUCUCCUUUACUUCGGGAUAGUUUAGGUUAUUUAAGAGAAGCCUUGCUGAUUUAAAGGGGCAUCUUUUUGGUUUUGUUGGAAGGGAAAAGUGUUACUGAUUUCAUGGCUCAUAUCCACUGAUCUUGGGUGGGAAGUCAUGGAGGCAAAAUUAGUUUAAUUUGUAUGAUCAAAAUUUAACUUAAAAAACAAACCAAUAUCAAUCAUUUGCAUAAAAAUUUAGAUUUUUUUUUAUUCCCUCUCUCCCCAAGACAUACGGUACUUAAAGUUGCAUGAAACCCAAAAUUUUUCUUUCAUUAUUCUGAUAAAGAAUACAAUUUUAACCAAAAUUCCAAUAUACAUCUAUCUAAUUUGCUUCAUUCUUUAGAUAUCCUUUGUUGAAGAAAUAGCAAUGCACAUGGGUGAGCCAAUCACACAAGGCAUCUAUGUGCAGCCACCAAUGAGUCUAUAUAGAUAGGCUUUUCAACAAAGGUUAUCAAGAAAAUUAAGCAAUUUAGAUGAUAGAAGUAAAUUGGAAAGUUAUUUAAAAUUAUAUUCUCUUUCUAAAUCAUGAAGGAAAAAAUUGGGUUUAAUUUUUUUUCCCUUUAAUUUGCAUUCCUAGCCCGGAGUUGAGAUCAUGUUUCUGUACGUUGUGCAAAUUGUGAUUAUUUUACAUAGACCAGACACAUUGUACCAUAUGGUAUUAACAGGCUGCCGCUCCAAUCAUGCUUGUAAACUGGAUAAUACUCUGCUUUUAUGUAAAUGAGAAAAUGUCACCAAUUUAUACAGUGUUUUUUGUGCGGUAUAUUAUAAAUACUCUGAAAAAUAUAAUAUAUAUCUUAAAGACUAUUGAAAAACCUGCUUUCAAUAAAGAUUUGUGAUACAAA